CUCACUCGAGCAUUGCAGGUGACAAGGGCUGCAGGCGUUCAUAUCGCACGAGUUUCACAGCCAGUGACCCUACAAACGUUACUUUUACCGGACGGUAAACACGGACACUCGGUGGUAGCCAUGGCUCUCUCUGCAUCGGGGAUCAUUUUAACUAGCAUGCUAGCUGGUCUGGUCACUGCACAGGCUGUGAUGGAGGCGGCGGUGCUAAUGACUGUGUACGAGGACGAGAUCGAGACGAGCGACCACACGGAGGUUGUCCUGCACUGUACCCUCAAGUACCCGGAGGCCACUCAGGAGGAGUGUCAGCAGAUCACGUGGACGCACGAGAUCAACAGGACGACGCACGAGGAGGAGGCGGUGCGGUCGUGCGACCUCUACCGGGUGAACACCCAGCUGGUGCAGCACACGUCACACCUAGAAAUCCUAUCUUUGAGUGGCAGGGUUAAAGGGUGGUACAGGUGCAAGGCGGAGUGCGGAGGACAUUUCUACACGGUUGGCUGCAAAGUGGGGCAUCCACUAGACAUAAAUUCGUCGUUCUUGUGUUCAAUGAGAAGUUUUCCAGCGACGACCAUGAUCAUAACGGACACUUCCAGCUUAUAUGGAGCAACUGGAGACAACAAACUGAUGCUCAUCGUGACUGUUGCCGCUGUGGUCGUUGUUGCCAUCCUGUUGACGACCGUGUUGAGGUGGUUCAUCAGAAGACGAUAUCUCCGCAGACGACGCCUGCUGGCUCUACAAGACAUCACACAGUCGCUGCGAGAUACAGAGAUAGCUGCGUCAAGUCGACCUCCAGGAAUACGUCUUCCAGAUGAUCCUCAACUAACGCCCUGCCCAGAAGUGUAUCCUGGCACUAGGAGCACAAACAACAGGUUUCAGCCCAUGUCCGCUAAUCCUGUCCUCUUCCAGAGGAUGCCUGAUGGGUCUAACUAUGUGUUUGUUCCACUCCUGUCGUUGCCGUCGUAUGAAUCUGCUCUGAAGGAAUCGUCGGAAACGCUAGUAAAACCCAACAGCGAGAGAAAUCCCAUUUUGAUUCCUGGACUCUUCAGCAUUCCGAUAGGAGAUGACAGCUACAGUAGUUAUUCCAGUGGUGUGUCCACGCCACUCAGUGUGAGCAGUCCCCCUAGCUACAGGAGUGUAGAGAGUCUGAGACUCGACCCCAGAGAUGAGGAUUUAGACAAUGGAGCUUCCUCUAGUGCACACAUCAAAUGAAUACAGGCGAUUUUCUACCUCGAGUAUUCCAAAACUGGUUUUAUCAGCCGCACAAUAAUACCUGGUGUAUUAUUUAAAUUGGUAUUGACAAUGGAAAUGGCAUUUUAAGAGAUAACUUCACUGAUUAAAACGGAACGGUGUAUGAUGUAGUAAGACGUACAGUGCGACAAGAAUGUAAAGUAGUGAUUCGUUUGGAAAACGUACAAACGACACAUUUGCAUCUAGCAAUGGAAAGGAAUGUUAUAUUAUUUAUCGCACUAGAUUACCAAGUGUAUUGGUUUAAACUGACAAUGGCAUUUUGAGAUAAAGGUGUUUAAUGAUAAAACAAAAAGAAUAGUAUAUGAUACUUUAUAAGUACAGUAUAUCAAUAAUGUGAAGUACUGAUUCGUCCGGAAAACUCACAGAUCUGGAGCGAGAAAUAGAAAGGAAUGUUAGUUUAACAACAUUCAAUCACCAACUAUCUAGAGUUAUUUGAGGGUGAGCAAUAUUAAUACAGUAACCUAUAUGUAUUCCCCCUUUUAGUGCAGUAAAACUAUGGCUGAACCUACACCAACACCAACUUUGAGGGUCUGGAUCUCCGAACAGGUUUAUUUUAGACCACAUAAAUGCAUUAUAAAUAGAUAGAAAUGUGAUAGAAAGAAUCAGAAUAUCUUGUUAAAAAUAUACUCUAUUAGCUUAGAUUUACUAGACUAUUUACUUUUAUCAGCUGGAGUUAUAUCCCCAUAGAUAUAACAGCUGGGAAGAAAAAAAAACCCAAUCAGAUUAUCUGUAUUGGAAAUGAUCAUAGGAUCUUGUACAUAUACAAACACUUGUACUAAAUGAUGAAGGUUACAAAUAAAACAUAACUGUAGCAUAGGUGGGACAAGCAUACUAAAGGCGCCAUCCUGACUUUGUAGCCGAAUAAAAGAUUUUCGGCAAAUAAAAUAGUUUUACAUUAUUAAUAGUACAAUUUACUGACAUUUUCUUGCUUAGCAUACGAAAAUCGUUAUAACCAAUUAUGUAAAUACUUUUCUGGACAUCGUAAUAUCGUUAUAAUCAAUUAUAUAAAUACGUUUCUGGACAUCGUAAUGUUUUAUAGCAUCUCAAUAUCGAUUUUUGUCUAAAAUAAUUUCAUACAUACGAAUUAUUUCUUCCAACGGGCAAAAGAUGUGUGUUUAGUUUGUUAAGGUGAAUAAACGAAAGUCUUACUAAGGCUGAAAACUCAGCAUAUUUCCUUUAAUUGUGGAUCUUAUUUAUGUGUCAAUCUGGAGAUAGGAUUUACUUCUUUUCAAACCUCUAAACCAUUACACCACUGUCAUUCUUCCGCCACAGGGUGAGGCAUGAAAUAUAGUCCGUCGGUAAGAAUUUCUCUGCCACUGAUAUGGAUGCAAUUGAGUAAACACAUGAAGUUGCAGCAUGGUACAUGCUCUAUGCUAGUCACUGAUAUGUGAUAUUAACUACAGAAGACAUUCACUAAUUUGUGAUAUUUUUUUUAACUUGCUUAAUAUUAUGAUACAAAAUGACAGAAAUAUUUAAACUAGAGUAUAUCCUCCGAAUGUUUUGGUUAGGAAACAUGACAUGUAUUUAUAUAACAAACAUCGAUACAACUUCUGUUGCCAUGACAACGCACAUUAAUAUAACUUGAGCAACCAUAUUAACAACGAUACGAUGUUGGUUGUCUUGGUGUGUUAGUCUGUAGUAGUAAAUAACGUUCAAUAUUAAUUUUGUCUCUGCUGUACAAGAUAAGCGUCGAAUUGAUCAGCGACGUACAACGAGAGGAAGGGUACUUUUCUUUAACGCUACCUUAGCACAGUUUACACUUCCGAUCCGAGUGGUUUGUGUAUAAAGUCUAGUCGAGGUCGACUUUGGGUCAUACAGAGCAAACUCCUUCAGCCUGAAUAAAAUAACAGUAAAGACGGUCAGGGAGUAGUCGAUCGUCGCAUGAAUGAGUGAAUAAAUGAGUGAAUGAGUGAAUGAAUGAAUGAGUGAAUGAAGUUAAAGUAAAGUUUGUUUUAUUUAACGAUGCCACUAGAGCACAUUGAUUUUUUUUAUCUUAUCAUCGGCUAUUGGACGUCGAAUGAGUGAAUAAAUGAAUGAGUGAAUGAAUGAAUGCUUAACGACAUCCCAGCUACAUCGGCUUUUAUGUAUUAAACAAAGGUAAAUACUAUGUGAAUCAGUUGAUAAUCAACAUCAAUAUAAAAAUUCAAAAGUGUACUUAAAAUAUUGUGUGAAGAGUUGUGCAAAAAAUAUCAAUAUCACUGGUGGGUAAAAUUAAGUAUUUCUGAGAUAUUUUAAGGAGUUGAGGAUAGAAUGGAAAUGAGUUUUUUACGUAACAUUUCUCCUACCAGGCACAAUCCCAGUCUGACACCGAAGUCGGCCAUUGUCUGGUCUGUGUCAGUUACAAUCACAAGAUCGACCCGAGCUAACCAUGACAUGUGGUUAUUGCGACACGUGGACAAAUUAUACACACAUGCAUAACUAUAAUUAAGUUCACGCUCUCACGCAAAAUGGAGACAGAUAUGAAAGCAAAAUCCAGUUUCAACCUGUGCUGAUAUUCUGCACGUCAUUUCACAAUGUAGUGUGAUUUGCAAAAAUAUAUUUCAUAUAAUGUUUGCAUUAUGUAAACAGUAAAAUGUGUUCACAUUUAUCUGAUAUGUUAACGGAGUUUUCACGUUUAUAUGAUGAAUGUUGAAAACAAUGGUAGUGUAUAGCCUAAACAAUAGCCAGAAUGCCUGAUACGAUCCGUGAUCACUCAUAUCACUAGCAAGGAAUAAGUUCCAGGUGACCAUCACUAUCACUAGCCAUUUUCACUUCGAUUUAAAAAUAACACACAUUCAUCUUAACGUUUUGUUAAGGUAAUUCUGUUAAAAAUUUAUUAUUAUUCUUAUUUAGAUAUCAAAACGGGAUUUAUGUUGUCUCAGAUUUCAGAAACCACUGUCACUUUUAAUAUUUGUUACAAAAUAAAACAAUAUUUUAAUCAGA